UUCCUUCUUCCUUUUACUCCUCCGCUUCGCUUCGGGGUUUUAGCAGCGACCAACCAGAUCGAGAAAGCGAAGAGAGGUAGAGGGCGAGACCGGCGGCGAGUGCGAACGCCGACGAGUUACGGUACACGUUUUGGAUUUAUCAUUUAUGUCGUCUGGCGCCUUCGAUCUAUUCUUGCUCGGUGCCGGAAAGUUUGUAGCUCUGGAUGAGCAAAGCCUCGCUGUCUCCUUCAUCGUCGGUGGUCUUGCUUUCUUUCUCUUCGUCCUCUCCUCCAUCUCUUCCAUUCCUUGCAUUCCACUGAGGCGGGAAGGGUCGGAGAAGACGGGCUCGAUGCAAUAUACUAGGCUUGGUUUUGAUGCGAAGCACUUCGGAUUUCAGCAUAUAAAUCUGUGUUUUGUCCUGUUCAUCUUCUUAAGAGGAGCCCUCACUUGACACUGAUUCGAAGAACUCUCACCUUUUUGCUUGUAUUUUUCUUUGUUCUUCUUGCGUCUUUUUUGUUUUUUUUUUUGUUCUUGAUUCGAUUUUGAGGUUGAGCGAAAAAGGAGAAUGACUGCACUGCAGCACCUGCUCGGGAAGCAACAAGAUACGAUGGGUAAAAGGAGGACGAAGAGGCAGCAGCAACUUCUCAGAUCCGAUUCCAGGUCCCUGAUCGAAUCCAAACGCUUGGCGAGAAGAAUCCGUGUCAUCUUUGAUGACCCCGACGCUACUGAAUCGAGCGGGGACGAGGACAUGAGCUAUUCCUUUCGCAAGAGGAGGGCGAUUCACGAGUUCCCGGUGCCUCCGGUUCUUCCUGCCGUCUUCUUCCGCCCUUCGUCGCAGCAAAGCAGUGGGAGGAACCGUAGAAUCUCUAAACGCCUGCGCCGGCCAAAGCCCAAACCACUUGGUUCAGUGACUUCGUCAUCCACUGUUUCCUCCACCAGAUUUAAGGGGGUCAGGCAGCGGCCGUGGGGGAAAUGGGCAGCGGAGAUCCGCGACCCAAUCCGCGGUGCGCGUCGCUGGCUCGGCACUUACGACACGGCGGAGGCGGCCGCCGCCGCUUACGCGGCAGCUGCCCUCCGCUUUCAAGCCGAGAAGAAGAAUCUAGCCCGCAUUACUUCCUCCGACACCACCUCAGCCUCUUCCUCGACGCGCUCCGUCGCCAUAGGAACCCAGACUCCACCUUCUCCCUCAUCUGUGCUAGACUGCCGGAGCACCCCAGCGAUGACCUCCGCUGUGGAAGAGCAGUCUAUCGCGGAGCUCUACGUGGAGCAGAGCCUGUCUCUGUCUCUGGUAGACACUGGAUUAACAUUCGAACCAGACCUCUUUCUUGUGGAUCCGAUCGAGCAGGAGCUUCUCCCGAACGAGUUCCUCGGUUUUGAAGACAUUCCCAUCGACGAAGAGAUUGACGGCGCCGACUUUCCCUGUAUUGAGAUCCUCAAUCAAUGGAUGGAUUUCGACUUCUAACGAAGUGGAAAAUUUUGCAGCAACUAGUACCAUCUAUUUCCUACUUUUGCCACUAAAAUCCUAUUAAUCACUAUUAUUAUUAUCAUUUAAGAAUUUUGCUCAAUGAAGAAGGCGAGAUUGUGUUCA